UAAAGAAACAUGCUGAACUUGUCCUAGUGCUGAGAAUAAGUGACUGAGUACUCUUCCCUAAAUGGGACUUCUUCUUCAAUACCCUCCUCCCUGGCUCAGGGAAUAAUGGAGAGAAUGUAAGAGCCAGAUGAUGGAGAAGGGCAUUGUGAAAUGCAGACUUCUGGCCUUGAUGAUGGAGAAGGGCGCUGUGAAAUGCAGACUUCUGGCCUCGACGUAGCUAUUGCUCUCAUGAACUCUUACAAGCUGUGGUUCCCUGCACACACCCUACACAAGGUUAAUACAGCCAACACAGGUAGGGGAGGUGCUCUCCCAGCCCCACUCCCUCCUGAGGAGCUCUUGGCAAUUGACGGCAGCCGGGGGAGGACAAUUAUUCUUUUGUUUUUGAAUGUGUGGCCACUGGUAGAUUUCCCAUGCUUCAGUGAGUAACCCCAUCCCCAUCCACAUAUGGGCAACACUAACUGGAUUUAGUGGGUCAUCCAAAAGAAAAAAGGAAGAGGAAGAAAAGAAAAGAAAACAUGAAAUCGGGAAGGGACUGUGUUGGGGGAGAACUUGGGGGAAUGGGUGAAUAUGAUAGUGUUUCGUUGUAGACAUGUAUAAAAGCCUCGAUAAUAAUGAAAAAUUAUUAUAUAUAUGUAUAUGUAUGUAUAUCAUCCUAACCAAACAAAAAAGAAACAUGCUGCAGGUAGGGAGAGGAAGGGGAGGGGGAAGGGAAGUGGGGAAGGGAAAGGAAGGUUCUGGGGUAGAAUUGUGUUUUCUGGAAGGUUUUCAGCCUUUCCGGGUGGCAUCACUCCCAAGGCUGUCCAAGCCAUGAUCACACACACACCAGAGGAUCUUAAAUCACACGCUCCACUGACAGAAACCCAAACAUAAAGAGGGUUGGGCCUGCUUCUCCUGGGUGGGACCUGGAGCGGCUCCUUUGUUCAGCCCCAGCUGCUGGCGCAAGUGACUGACCCAUAGGGCAGGCCCUGCCGUGGCUCCGCCCUGGGACACCAGCCUCCGUAUCUGCCAUGGGGGAAAAGCAGCUGUGGCUGGGCACACCUAGGUGGGGCAUCCUCUGUAACUUUUUUUAUUUUUCCAGGAUGGCCUGUCUAGUGUAACCAGGCUGCCCAGGUAGCACCAGAUCUUAAAUACUCCCUUGUGUAGGAUCCACUGAUGAAAGAGGGGCCCAGGCCUUGGCAGUGUUGAGCCUGUAGUCAGGGGAAGGGAUGGAGCAGUCCACUUAGCCUUGAUAUCACCUUGGCAGGGCACCUUCCGUUUUUGCCUUGGAAGUUUCGAAUGCAGUCAUGGAAUGACCCUGAAAUAGUUACAAGAAGGAUGGGCCCUGUGCAUCUUUAAAGCUGAGCAGGGUAUCCAUCUAUAAGGCUUGGAGUAGAUGUCUCUGUGACUCCAUAAAUGAAGCCAAUGUGGGACUAGCUGCACUGCACAGACCUUAAGUGUGUGUUAAGGUCAUCUAUCUGUUAAAUGGAAAACUUUAAAAAAUGUUUCACUCUUUUAGAAUCUGUCAGGGACCUCGGUAAAUGCCGUUGGCUUAGGUGCCCCUUGACCGGCAGAGCCCCAUGGGUCUCUAGAGGCCACAUCCAUGCCUAGUUUCUACAGAUCGGCCUCCAGCCAACUUUGCCUAGUAGCAGGCCCCGCCAAGCACCUGAGGGUUCCAGGCCACUCUGCUGUCCUUGGAGAUACAGGCCUGGACCUCAGACCACCUCCUGGGUCGGUUCCCACUGGUGAAGUCAGACAGGUUAUUCUGUUCUGCGAGUCCCUCUGCCUGCGACCCCUUCCUAAGUUAGAGAGUUGCCUGAACACUUACACAGUUAUCCUGAGAGUGUAGGCCUCCUACAAACUGGUUGGAAGUGUUGGGAAGGAAAGGGAUACAGCCAGUGGCCUGCAAGCCAGGAAGCUUGCUUUCAAAUGAUAACACAGAGUAAGACAGGGGCCAGCCUGGCCUGGGGACCAUAUCUCCGGCAUUCUGCUUUCAACAGAGCCCCGGGCUGCUCUGGGUUUGUACAAGGCUUUGGAGAUUCAGCAGAAGAGAAGCAAGGUUGGAUUUACUAUCCAGAGCUGGGGAGGACAUCGCAGUCGGGAUUUUUCUGAGUUAUAGCAUAAUGCAUUCUUUCAAAAGAGGACGAGACAUCGUUUGAGGGAUGGGUGAGGCAUGAGAAGGGUAGGAUCGAAGGAUCUAAAAGACCUGAGUUCUGUCUCUGAAGUAAGUUGCAUUCCUGGCUUCACCGUUUUCACCCCUGAGGGACUCGCACCCCACUCUGUGAGGACGGCAGUAUCCCUCUCGUCUGGCUGCUCCGCGCGGGUCUAUGCGUUUCUCCCAACCGGCCAGGCUAGGUGGGAACAGCUCUUCUGCUCGGGUGCAUUAAGCGACCUACCCGCGUUCGCUGGGCUUCGUGCCACCCGGCGCAGGAUCCAGGCGGCGUCCCCACGCGGGCACCCCCCCUCCCCGCGGGAGGCUCUCACCUGUCUGCCCGCCCCUCCCGGUCGCCCCAGGUGGCUCGGGGUUGGGAGGAGCCGCGCCCCGCCCCGCGCGGUCCCAGCCAACGCCAGCCCCGGGCGGGUGCCGCGAGCCCAGGCGGGGAGCCGAGCGAGGCGCCGGGAGUCCGCGGGCCGCGACCGCGUAGGCUGUUUACUUCCUUGGAUGCAGACCUGUUCACUACAGAGUAGAGCCUGGCUACCAGGUUGUCUUUCUUAAGACAUACGAAUUGAACUUGGCCAAUCCGGGAGGUCAGAAUGCUGCUCCUCUGCCACAUUCUGGCAGUGACCAUCCUUCAGAUGCUGAUCUUCUCAGAAAACUGGGUAUUUGCCAAGAACAUUAACUUCUACAACGUGAGGCCUCCUCUUGACCCCACCCCAUUCCCAAACAGCUUCAAGUGUUUUACUUGUGAAAAUGCCGGGGAUAAUUAUAAUUGCAAUCGAUGGGCAGAAGACAAGUGGUGUCCACAGGACACACAGUAUUGUUUGACAGUUCACCACUUCACCAGCCGCGGACGAAGUACAUCCAUCACUAAAAAGUGUGCCUCUAAAAACGAAUGUCAUUUUGUCGGCUGCCGUCACAGCCGGGACUCGGAACACACGGAGUGCAGGUCUUGCUGCGAAGGAAUGAUCUGCAAUGUAGAGUUGCCUACCAACCACACAAAUGCAGUCUUCGCUGUGAUGCACGCGCAGAGGACAUCUGGCAGCAGUGUUCCCACACCCUACCUCCUGGUGCUGGCUUGGCUCGUCAUGCUUCCCUUGCUAUGAUGUUACUGCUCCUAGGACCGGCUGAGACCAGCACUGUAAAGCAUGAGGCAGAGACAGUGAACCGGUGAACUUCGGAGCGAAGCUUGCACUUGAUAAAGAGGAUACAUUGGACCCCAAAGCAGAAGGCAGAGGUUUGUUUUGCUGAACUGCUCCUGCAUGAGGUCACAGCACUGAGCAUGAGGACUUGGUAGGAGCCAAGAGGACUACAUAACCUCCAGUGUCCUGGUCUAGGGGCGCUGCAUUCUGUUACUUCCGUCAGAAGAUCCACCAGUAUUGUUGAUGGUAACAGUAGCUUGAUAAACCCCAGCCUGACCAGACUUUCAUCUGGAAGGACUUUUUGACCCCAUGGACUCCCUCAGAGGCUGCUGGAUCAGACUCUCUGGCUUCUGUGAUUAGCUCAGAGCAUCUCUGUGAAAUUUCAUCCUUCUAACCACAGCAGUUUCUCUACUGUGCUAACUUUCCAUUAUUGGAACAGGAACCUAAAAUGAUCCAUUUAUAAAGAUGAAUGGUUUGUUUGGGCUCACAGGUUUGGAGACUGCAGUACAUACUGUUUGGGGGCUUGUGUUAGAGAGUGAAUAGGUACUCACUCAUAACAGACUUGAGAAGGAGGAAGUAUGGGCUAGAGAGAUGGCUUAGCAGUGAAGGGCACUAAUUGAUCCCCUAAAGGACACAUGUUUGAUUCCCAGCACUCACAUGGCAGUUCAUAUCUGAUAACUUCAGUCCCAGGGGAUCCAAUGCCCUCUUCUGGCCUCUAUGAGUGCUGCAUACAUGUGGUACACAGACAUAUAUGUAGGCAAAACACCCAUAUACACAAAAAUAAAUAAAAUGUUCUUUUUAAAAGGGGGAAGGAAGGAAAAAAGGAAGAAAUGGGGGUGGAGAGAAAGUGUGCACGCAGGUUUUUACUGUACCCUUCAAAGUUAUGUUCCCAAUGUCCUAAAUCCUCCCACUAGUCUCCACUCCCUAAAGGCUCAACCACCUCCUUAAUGGCCCCAACAGGCUGAGGACCAAAACUUUAACCUUGUAACAGUCAAGAUCCAAACAAUGUACCCACUUACCACCUUGUCAAUGGAAAGGGCAGCUGUAGGAGGGAAAUUUCCAGUUGAAAUUUACGAAUCUGUUUGCCAAUUAUGAGGUGGUUGGGGGUGAGGUGGAAAACUUUGAGUUAUAUAGUGUGAUGCAUGUUCUGUGUCUCUUGACAAUGUGAAAGCCUCUGAUGAAGCACAUUUACUGAUUGAUGUCACUAAAGUUGUGUUUCCAGGCACACUGGGUGAUAUAUGCUGUCUGAAAGAAUAAAAUUUUAUGCCAAAGUGG